UUUAUCGACUCUAAAAACAAACGGAGACAGGAGUAGGAUUCGAACAUUCUGUCCUAACGUACACUCAGCAGGGUCUGAUAAGCUCAACAUCACCCUCGGAGUAGCACAAAAAUUGAAAAGGAAAAUGCAGUUGCUGGAUAAUUGAAAAAGAAUGGAAAUUGCAUGAGAUAAUGGAGACGUGGAUAAAGUGUUCAACGCUUGGUACGAAACGAAACCGCCGUUAUUUCUGCUUCCAAUAUGCACAGUGGUCUGCAGAUCUUGCCUACCAAUACAGCAUUGAAACCGCAAGAUUGCAAGCGUGACAGCGAACGAUUGCACUUCACAUGAGCUCGAGAGAGUGGAAAGAAUAGUGACCACCCUCUCCCUGUCGUCCCGCUCAAACCAGCCGGGGGGUGCUCUGUUGGAACUCGGCUUCUAAUGUCAGUAUGUCCCGGGGAACAGAACUUCGCCUCAUACUCAUCCUGGUCCUUUCUUGCACAGUUACCGCUGAAGUGAAGCAAUUUCUGAGUCCACCCAGUGCGACCGCAGGAGAGACCGUGACUUUUCACUGCUCAUUCCCGCUAUUCCGAGAUAUAAGAAACAUCGCGGUGCACUGGUGGAAAGCCGGAGAUCGGAAAUUCUUGAGCUCGAAACAGGAUUCCAGGAGAGUGUUCCAGAUUGAGAGCAAAGCCAGUGCUAUUCUGCGCAUUAACAACGUGCGUUUUGGAGACGCUGGCGUCUAUUAUUGCAGGGUGCAGGGUGAAUAUACUGGAAAUGGAACUGGCACACGGCUGAAUGUAAACGCUUCUCCGCAUCCUCUGAAAAUUACUACGAAGUUUUCUGCAAAUUACGCUCUAACGUGUAUAUGUAAAACGUCUGGGUUCUAUCCCAAAGAUCACACGAUUGCCUGGCGUAAAGAUGGUCAAAAUGUUGUACGUGGAACAAAGACAUCUGUAGAAAAGAAUACUGAAGGAUUAUUUGAAGUUACCAGUUAUUUGGUAGAAACACAGCCGGCUCGUUCUGGAACUGUUUACGUCUGUGAGGUAUCACACUCUACCCUCAAGAAUCCAACUUGGGUCAAUUACACUGUUAGCAUUCCAGGUUCUAGUUUCAGCAAUUAUUUUCCUUGGUGGAUCUACAUCUGUAUAGCAAUAUUUUCACUGCUUCUAAUUAUUAUUGUACUGGUCAUUUGUUGUAAAUGCUGUAAACGUAAAGCUCCUAAAGACAAUGUGCGAACAAGGCAAUGUGUUCGGUGCUCUAAGCCAAUACCAAUGAAUCCUAAAGGCAAAGAACAAGGAUUAAGAAAAAGUAAUACUCCAGUCCCAGCUGUGAACCCAAGUGCAGGACCAAAUAUUAAUGAAACUCCACCAAAAAACAAGAAGCACCGUAAGAAGGAGAGGGAUCCUAAGUGUCCUUGAUGAUUGGAGAAAUUACGAGGCGAGGUGAGAUUUUUCUAGGUAUUUGGUUUAAUUAGUAGAAGGGUUCACCACCAUGCCAUAACACAUCGAUGGAUAACAUGGAUAGAAGAUGAGCUGGCUGGCAAGUGGAAAGUAGGAAAUGCUUUCAUGCAUCUUUUUCUGAAUUUUUAAAUGUGAUAUUUGGGAUUCUGUAGUGGUUUAUGCUGGUACUUCCUCUUUUUAUAGUUCAUAUCAAUGACUUGGAUGAGGGAAGGGAAGGCCUUCUAGCUAUGGUUGCAUGUUACAUAAAGAUAGUCAGAAAAGUAUGUCCUGAAGAAGAUAUAAGGAACUUUCAAUCAGAUAUUCAUAGAUUGACUGAGUGGCCAACAAUCUGACAGAAGAAAUAUAAUGUGAAGCUGUUCACUUUGGUAGGUAGAAUUUUAAAAAAAGCUGAGUACUAUUUAAAUGGAGAAUGACUGGUGAAUUCUAAGGUGGGGAGGGAUCUAGGUGCUCUAAUAGAAGUCAAAAAUGUUAGUGCACAGGUAAUUAAGUCCAGUGGAAUGCUAUCCUUAAAAAUAUAACUCCUAAAAUAAGAAUUUAUGCUUCAGUAACAUAGGGCAUUUGUGAGACAACGUUUUAAACACAAUAAGUAGUUUUGGUCUCUUUAUAUAAGGAUGUAGGGGUGUAAAGAUAUAAAUGCACUUGAAGUGGUUCAGAGGAGAUUUACUAGAUUGAUGCCUUCAAUGACCAUGUUGUCUUUUGAGGUUAUGUUGGGCAGGUUGGGAUUGUAUCCACUGGACUUCUGAAGAGUGAGGAUCACUUGAUUGAAGAUUAUUUAUUUUUCUUUGGGCGGUGGGGGUUUGGUUCUGCAACUUUAAUAAUCUUGGCCUCAAAAAGUAAAUAAAGCAGGGCCAUUGGGUAUUUUUAAGGUAGAGUUAGGUAGAUUCUUGUGAGCCAAAGAAAUUAAAUACUGUUGAGGAUAAACAGGAGUAUAGAAUUUGAAACAAACAAACUGGCUGUUAACUUAUUGAGUGGUGCAGCAGGUUUGAAGGGCUGAAUAGGCUUCUCAUCCAAUUUUGUGCAUAUAUGUGUUCUUAGUUUCACCCAUUUGAAGUUUUAUUUGCUCUUUCACAUGCAGUGCUCAGAAUUCAACUGAUUAUUAAAUACUAGGCAUUGCUCAUUUCAGUGCCCUAGCCAUGUACACUUUGUAGAGUUUCAGUUUCCAUUUUAUAUUUAAUAGAAUAAUUAUUUUACCUUAUUAGUACCAUGUGCACAGAAUUCUAAUACCCAUUCACAUCACUGUCCAGAAUUCUUUAUCUUUUAUUUUCCAGCGAGCAGGAUCUAGUGCUCAAUUUCUAUCCCAUUCAACUGUUAAUU